AAGUCACAGAUCCCAAACCUCAAACCAAGUGGCAAUCCCAGUCCCAGAGCCAACUCACUUCAACUGUCAUCCUCUGUCCUCUUCCACGCAAAAAAACGGAGAUGGAAUCUUUUGGCCACGAGUUCGACGUCAUAGUAGUCGGUGCCGGGAUCAUGGGCAGCUCCACCGCCUACCAGACUGCCAAGCGCGGCCACAAGACCCUCCUGCUCGAGCAAUUCGACUUCCUUCACCACCGAGGCUCGUCCCAUGGAGAGUCCCGGACUAUCAGGGCUACGUAUCCAGAGGACUACUACGGUCCUCUCGUACUCGAGUCCUACAAGCUAUGGCUAGAAGCACAGUCAGAGAUCGGCUACAAUGUCUAUUUCAAGGCCGAGCACUUCGACAUGGGCCACGAAAGCAACAAAACUCUCCAGACAAUUGUUAGGAGCUGCCUUAAGAAUGAGAUAGGUUACCGGCUGCUGAACCGGGAGCAGGUGGAGCAGGAGUACUCGGGUCGGAUCAACCUACCGGAAGGGUGGGUGGGCGUGGCUACGGAGCACGGCGGUGUGAUAAAGCCGACAAAGGCGGUGUCGAUGUUCCAAACGCUGGCAUUACAAAACGGCGCCGUAUUGAGGGACAACAUGGAGGUGGUGGAGAUAAAGAGAGAUGAAGUGAGGGGAGGGGUUUGGGUUGGGGUUGGAAAUAAUGGAGAGAGGUUUUGGGGUAAGAAGUGUGUGGUGACAGUUGGGGCUUGGACUAAGAAGUUAGUUAAAACGGUUGGUGGGUUUGAACUGCCUAUACAGCCCUUGGAGACCGCUGUGUGUUAUUGGAGGAUCAAGGAGGGCCAUGAAGCUGGUUUUGCCAUUGGAGGUGACUUCCCCACUUUUGCAAGCUAUGGGGUUCCAUAUGUCUAUGGUACACCCUCAUUGGAGUAUCCGGGUUUGAUCAAGGUUGCGGUGCAUGGCGGGUACCCGUGUGACCCGGAUAAGAGGCCGUGGGGACCCGGGAACCCGCUAGCUCCGUUGAAGGAGUGGAUAGAGAGUACAUUCUCCGGCGUGGUUGACUCCGGAGGGCCGGUUGCUACUCAGUUGUGUAUGUACUCCAUGACCCCAGAUGAGGAUUUUAUUAUUGAUUUCAUUGGAGGUGAGUUCGGGAAGGAUGUGGUGAUCGGAGGCGGGUUUUCCGGUCACGGGUUCAAGCUGUCUCCGGUGGUGGGGAGGGUAUUGGCUGACCUUGCACUUAGUGGAGAAGCUAAAGGAGUGGAGCUAAAGCACUUUAGGACAGCAAGGUUUCAAGAGAAUCCUCAAGGCAAUGUUAAAGAUUACCUAUAAAUUAAUCACUACUUUUGUGUUGUGUAUGU